CCAUUGAUUUUUUAAAACAAUAACUCAUUGUGUUAUACCAAAAAGUGAAACCAAGGCGUACAAUGUCGAUAUCUUUUACCACCACGAUUGAGCCUUUCCGUAAAGGCACUUCUUUUACGCAUUGGGUAGAGCGAUUGGAGUUCUUUUUUCUCGCAAAUAAGAUUGCAGAAAAUGAUAGAAAAUCUCAUUUUAUAACCUUGAGUGGUUCCUUCAUUUAUUCCGAGUUGCGGAAAUUAUUUCCCACCGGAGAUUUACUUGAAGUUUCAUUGGCUGUUAUGGUUGAGAAACUUAAAGCAAGAUUGGACAAAACAGCUUCUGGUGUAUGCCAAAGAAUCACUUUCAAUCAGCGUGUUCAAGAUUUGGACGAAUCGGUUGAGGAUUUUUUACUGGCUUUAAAGAUUCAAGCGGAGCUUUGCGCAUAUGGUGAAUUCAAAGACACUGCUAUCAGAGAUAGGUUGCUCGCAGGUUUGAAAGAUGUAGCUUUAAAACAACGCAUUUUAAGUGAUCCAGAUCAAACUUUAGAAACUGCUGAAAAAAUAAUUCAAACCUGGGAAGCUGCGAGAAGUAAUGCGCAAACGCUCUCUGCGAAUAUUAGUCCUAAUUUUCAUCGUAUUGCCGCUAUGGGAAAUGGUGCCCCUGCGGGUACUGCUCUUCAUAGAUUGGCACAAGUGUAUAAUAAAUCAAGAAAUUACAAAACUAAUUAUAAAGCUGAUAGAAAUCGAAUGCCGGUGAAAAGCAGGUUGGGUUUCCAACCGCAGUAUAUAGAUCGAAAUAGUGGCUAUCAAUAUCGAAAUAACAGGUAUAAAAACAAUUUCCAAAAGCCGAGGUCUGUGGAUUGGAGACGACGGGGAGAUCAAUCAGUUUCCGAUCCACGUUUUUGUGAUUUCUGUAGGAUGCAAGGUCAUCUGAAAAGGAAAUGCUACAAAUUGAAAAAUAUGCGCAAGGAUUCCGUACAACUUUUGGAGCAGAUGAAGCCAGGAACCUCAGGAACUAAUGUACCGGAUGUAUCAGAGCUGUUAAACAGGAUGACGACCCAGGAUUCGGAAGAGAGUGACGAUUCUGAUUCAGGUGGAAAUUUCAAACGUUCCAAUAAACGCACAUAGAACACAGCUUAGGCCAGCUGCUAAUCCGGACUCGAUGGUUCGAUCGAAUGUAACAUUUUCGGCUCAAAUGGCGGAAACGGCAAUUCGAAAUGGCAGCGAUCAAGAUGAAGAGGAGUUCCUAGGAUUUCCUGAUGAAGAUGUCAGGAUCCGAAGAAAAAGAGCGAAAUCGAUGGUGGACGACCCACCUAGCAUGCCACCAAGGCGUUCGAAAAGAAAAAAAGUCAUGAAGACUGAUCCGAGUUAUGUAUACUAGUGAAAUUGAUCUGAAAAAGAAAACUGAAUUGUAUAAUGUUACAAUUGUAUUUAGAAUUAAGAAAAAAAAUUAUAAUUAUGAAAAAUUUGUAUAUAAGCUGUAAAACUCUAAGGGGGGAGAGCUGUUAUGUACCCUAAAAUGGGUAAAUUUGAUUCAGCGUAAAUGCGCUGUCAAAAAGUGUAACGUCAGUAAAACGUUAAAUACAAAGAAUAAACUCCGUAGAGCUCUUCUUCGAGUUCGAGCGUUUAAAGUGAAAACAACUGUUUCCUUAUUACUACCUGAGUCAGAUAUCCUGAGAAGACACCGACGAUUCCAUUCCGCUUUGUUCCACCCGAUCAUCAAUCUACAACGUGAAACGAUGGUAAACUUAUAACGAUGAGCGAUUUAUUGUGCGGAAAAUAAAAAAAUCCUUAAAAACGAGUUCACCCAUAUAGGCAAGUGAGUUGGAGAGAAGAAGUGGUCAGAUAUGAACCAAUACGAACAGAAAUACCUGUGAAAAGUAUGGGUAUAAUGGGCGAGUAUCACGGAAGAAAAUUCAAGUGAGCCAUCAAAUUAUUAAAAACAGCUCGAUUUCAGCUAAACAUAUCGCUGUUAGAAGGAUGACUUUCGGAAUCAAGUCAUGUUAUCUGACGAAAGCAAGUACAGCAUAUUUGGAUCAAAUGGCCGAUGAAUGGUAUGGCGGAAAAGGAAUAUUGAGAUACAGCCGCAGAAUCUUUUUGAGCAGUAAAGCAUGGUGAGGGCUCGGUCAUAGUCUCUGAGGUGCUUGAGCGCAACCGGUGUGGGAAAAUUUCACAUUAUUGAAGGAAUUAUGUAUCACAAAAUGUUCAUCCGAAUUUUGAAAGAAAAUUUGAAUGCCAGUGCUGAGAAAUGGGGCUUACAGGGAACAUACAUCUUACGAGGUGAUAAUUACCUCAAGCACACAGCCCAAAGUAUUAAGCUGUAGCUACUCUAUAAUACUCCAAUCAACUUAAAACGCCUCCUCAGAGCCCAGAUAUGAAUCCAAUUUAACUCCAUUGGAAGGUUCUGAAAGACAAACUUUUCGUGAAAUUCGUGAAAGUCAUAUUUCCAACAACAACGAAUUGAAAUUAGUGUUGAAAGAAGUAUGGAAGAAUAUUCCAUCCCCCGUUACGGCUAAUUUGGUCAGUUCCAUGCCACAAGAACUACAGCCCGUAAUAGA